ACUUCACAGGACACUUAACCCCAACGGGACAAGUCUUUCCUCACUCCACAGGAGCAGACCCUUUGGAAGUCAACAAAAAAGACAACCAAAGUCCUUCCUCUACUUCUGUCAUCAGAAUUCAUCUGACCUCUCUUCAGUUUGAGACCAUGGACACAGCUGCAGUGGUGACUCUCCUGGCUCUGGUUGUGGCGAUGGCUGGCGUCAGUCAGGCUCUUCAUGUCCAAGGCAGCCUGGACAAAAAUGAUAUCCUGCCAGACUCAGAGGACAACAUGGCCGACCACCUGCUGGGGCUGGAGAGUGAAAACACAGAUAACAGCGUUGAUGACCGUUUGCUGAGCGCGGUGCUGAGAGCUCUGCUCCUCGGAUCUCAGAGAGAAACCAGGAACUCUGUCUUCCAUCAGCCACAGAGGUUUGGGCGCGGCUCCAGAGGGCAGGUCAUUUCGGAGGAUCAGAUGCAUUCCCGUGAUUGGGAGGCUGCCCCCGGUCAGAUCUGGAGUAUGGCGGUGCCCCAGAGGUUUGGAAAGAAAUGAUCAUUCAACCCGAUUCUCACAUCAAAGUCCUGGCAUAGGACCAAGCAGCGGGGCAACUGUGGAGAGACAACAUUUGAAUGAAUUAAUCAGAAUCUGUUUUUUCUACAUUGUCCCAUGGCCUACACAACAUUUAGUUAUACAUGACAUGGGCUUCAUUUUACAUUUUUUUUCCUUAUAAUAUAUAAUGAAGCAUGAAAACAAAUGCCUAUUUGGGUUUUGUGAGCAGACUU